CGGGAGGGGCAGGGGGAGCGACCUGCACCGGCUUGGUUCUCGGCGCACUGACUGGCAGGCUAGGGCUGGCUACAGGAGUGAAGCUGUAUAAUGCCCACACGAUGGACAAAGAAUUAGAAGCUGAGAUCCACCCAUUGAAGCAUGACGACGAAAAGCCUCGGGGGAAUUCGGAAAGCCGAACUGAAAAGGAUGGUUCCUUUAAGAAAGCAUCUCAUCAUUCCCGGUUUGCCCAGUGCCGCACAGUGGUUUUUUUCUUUUUGUUAUUUACCUGCCUCUUUGUGGUAUUCAUCAUUUCAUUCAUCAUCCCAUGUCCAGAUCGGCCUAUAUCACAAAAAAUGUGGGAAAUAAAUUAUAACACAGCAGUAUCCUAUGACUUCAUGGCAUUUAAAGAUAUAAACGAAGACACAGUUCAAGAUAUUAUUUUUCUUUAUAAAGACAGCAACAGCAGCAGCAGUUUUAACAUAUCCUGCGCAGAUGAAGGCUUCUCUCCAUGCGUCUUUCUGGCCGCGGUGUCUGGCGCCAAUGGCAGCCUGCUCUGGGAGAAGCCUGUAGCUCAGGAGGUGGCCAACAUGGAAUGUUUUGAUCACCAGACGACCAAGGGGCCACCCCCACUCUCAGGCUGCUUCAUUGUGGGGAAAUAUAAUUCUUUCCUUGCAGUUGAUUCUUCCACAGGGGAAAUACUGUGGAAACUGCCUUCGAGCUUUGGAGUUAAUACCUCAAUACUGACCCCCUUCCUGAAUAUACCUGAUGUGACUGAUGAUGAGGUUCAAGACCUGCUACUCUUCCUCAAAUCGGGGAGAGAGAUUAAAAGUUACCUCUUUUCAAGCAGUACUGGUGAACAAGUUGGUUUCGUGAGCCGCCUAAAUCUAGAAGGAGAUGUUGGUUAUGUCAUGCAUGUCACAAACACUGGAGCCUACUACAUUAUUUUUCAUUCCGCAUCUUCCCUCUAUGGAUAUUCUCUGAAGGAUCUUUAUGAGCAAAUGACUGGAAAAAAGAACAAAUUUGAGGAAGAUCCUUACUGGAAGAUAAUGAUUGACAAUGCUACCCACAGAAUACCUCCUUCUCACAGCUGGGGAACAAUCCGUUACCUGAUGAAAGUACCUGGGAGUGCAGGGGAAGACAUACUCCUCGUGAAAUCAGAUGCAUGUGAGCUGCUGGAUGGGCAGACGCUUAUUUCGAAGUGGACCCUCAACACAUCUGAAGUUGUGAGAAAACCAGUCCUUGGCUACUACAAACCAGGUGCACUUGCUAUAGUCCUUGAAAAUGGAACCGGUGAACAAAGAAAGAUCUUGAUUGUGGAUGCUGCUUCGGGAGCCAUCCUUUGGAGCUACACCCUGAAUUCAUUUGCAGGGACCCCCAAGUCAGCCACUGUAAAGACAGCAGACCGACGUUCUGCCUUCUUCUUCUGGAGCACCACUAACCAGAUGGAAACUGUUGACUUGCAGAAAAACCUGUAUAUGUUCCACCCCACUUUUCCCAAUAUCUUUUUGGAACUCACCAACAUUACCAAGAACAUUGUGGCCUUUAAUGUGCUAUUUGAGCAGAACCACCAUGCCUCUUAUGUGCUGCUGACUGGGCCCACGAAUCAAGAAUGGCCUGGCCCAGUGUCUUUGUCAAAGCAAAAAGUGAAGGAGAAUGUCCUAACUGCUCAGGUGAUCUGGCUGGGACCGACACGGCGUGAGAAUGAACAGACCAUUAAAGACCGGUUUUAUGAGCUGAGAUACAAGAGAGAAGCAUAAAUUCUUCAGCAGACGAUGUCUGGUUUUUUCCCCUGGUUUUUCUUCCUCCUCCUUAAGAAACCAACUGAAGAAAUUAAAAUCCAAGAAAGCUCUACUUCUCGCGUGUUCUCCACACUGACCUAAGCAUAGGCCAGAAGUGCAGUUUCCUCCUCUUGUGGAGACAAGAAUUGGAGUCGUUGGUCCCAAGUCUCUCUCCAGGUGCCUUCCUCGGUCUCUCAGAUUUUUUUCAUGUUCCUUAUGAAUAAGGAACAGUUAGGAAAGGUAAUUCAGGGGAAGCCUAAUUCAUUACACCUUUGAUAGCAUUAAUCUCGCUUUCUUGGUGUGUCUCCACUCCCUUGGCUUGGGUGUAGGGUGGAGGGGUGCUUCUCUCUAAGGCAGGCCUGCACUACAUACGGCCCACUGGCCGCUUGUAGGGUUGCCACUGAGCACUCUCCUGUUUGUCUCCGUGGCAACCAACCAUCGUCAGUCUAUCUCAAGUCUAACCUAUCUGCAGCCCCAGGAAUUUUAGCCUGUUUUAAUUUUGGCCCCUACCUACUGCCAAGUUGUGCAGAUCUGCUCUAAGGCUUAGUACAAGGAGCCUCUCCGAGUUCAAACAGGUUCUGCCUCUUCCCUGUCUUGGGUUCACAGCCUUGGGCAAAGCUUCUCUAAAGACAGCCUUUCUAGGCCCUGCCCAGCCCUCCAGGCUAAGCAGGAGGCCAUUCACUUUACUGUAGGGCCAACUGAAUCCAUUUCUGUUGAGAUAUCCUCCUAGAAGGCAUAUGGGGUUUGGGGCUGCUUUGUUAGGUUGGGGGAGGUGGACCGCUUACCUCUAUCCAGGAGCAUCUCCAUCUAGCCAAGCUGGCAGGAGCCCCUGAGGGUCUUGAGAAAGGAAAUAAGGUAACCCCCAGGAUGACUGAGCAAUGCUGAUACCUUUGGGAGAUUCUGAAGCAGGUGAUAAAUCUGCUGUCCCUCCUCCAGCUUUGCCUAACUUGAUACGGAAACUCUUCUGUUCCUGGUCAGAUAGCAGCAUCUCUUUAAAUAAGAUCCUAACACCUAACUCCACAGAGACACUGCCGAUCUGACUCUUCCCCUGCUUGCAGCCACUUAGAUUAUACUAACUUCCAGGCUGGCACUGGACUUUGGGGGUGUCCUGGUGACUGCUGCUUUGGCUCCUCUGCCUCAGACCCUCUUCUGCCCCCAAAUCCUAAUUCAGGAAGCUUUCUUUGUCUUAGAGAUUUUGGCCUGUAGGAGCCCCUUGGACUCAGUCCCUGGGGGGGAGCUGGGCUUCAGAGACUCCAUGGCUAAGUUUGGGAGAGAGAGCACGGUUCCCAGUAUCUUUCUGAUGAGCAGCAGGCCCCGUGUGUAGCAGUGCAUUGAUGGGGGGCAAGUUGCUCACAGAAUUUGGUGGUUUUAAACUAUACACAUUGGAUACUUUGUACCAUAAAUUCCAAAACAUACCCAGCAGAGGUAACACACACUAGGGAAAAUUCUUUACACCAGCAUCUGUAGGAAACAAUGGGUUUCUUGGGUGUUUCACUCUGGGCCUGUUCUUUAUGGAAUCAAAAUGAACUGGACUAGUCGCCUGCUAAAGUCAGAAACGUGAAGUGAAGGCCCUCCGUGCUGCACUACCGUUCAACGCCAGACGGCCGAGCCCCUCCCAGGGCCACAGCGGCGCUUCUGCAGGGAGGCCUGGGAUGACAGCAUUCCCCUGGGCUUGGUGACUUAGGUAACCAAGGACUUCCUUUGGUGCCUUGUUGAUCUUGAGCCCCUCUCAGGGCAGGUGCAGCUUAGGACCUGCCCUAGGUCAUGGAGCUUGACUUUAUAACCUAAUACAAAUUGAUUUGAACCACUGAUCUUUUGCAAUAAAUGUUUUUGUAUUGUUUGUAAAGGC